GUAUCUAUUCAGCUUGCAGUGGAUCGUCCUCUUCCCUCUGUUUCUUCUUUCAUCUGAUCUGAUCUCUAGUGAAAAUGUCAGUCUCUCCAAUCUCCAUAAUACUACCUUUGAAAUCCAUCAACACCACCUCAAAACCAUUUUCUUCAUCUUCUUUUUCUAAUACUACUACUACUACUACUACUUGUAGCAGUAGGCUUCUUAAGUACUACUACUACUCUUCCUCAAAACCACUCCGAGUAUUCUGUCAACUAAAACCAGAAAGCAGCAGCAACUUCCAUCAUCCUCACAAAUCCGGCAGCAGCAAGUGGAAGACCAUAAUUUCAACGACGGCAUUGGCUACCGCUGCCACUGCUGCUGCGGUGGUGACGACAUUUAGCGCCGGCAAUAUGCCUGCCCUCGCGGACCUCAAUAAGUUUGAAGCUGAAUUACGCGGCGAAUUCGGGAUAGGAUCCGCCGCCCAAUUUGGUUCCGCAGAUCUCAGGAAAGCAGUUCAUGUCAAUGAAAAUUUCAGAAGAGCAAAUUUCACAUCUGCUGAUAUGAGGGAAUCUGAUUUUAGUGGAUCAACAUUCAAUGGUGCAUACCUUGAGAAAGCUGUUGCAUACAAGGCCAAUUUUACAGGUGCGGAUUUGAGCGAUACAUUGAUGGAUCGCAUGGUUCUCAAUGAAGCCAAUCUUACAAAUGCUGUCCUUGUUAGAUCGGUCCUCACCCGUAGUGAUCUUGGUGGUGCUGUUAUUGAUGGUGCUGACUUCAGUGAUGCUGUUUUGGACCUUCUCCAGAAACAGGCUCUUUGCAAAUAUGCAAGUGGCACAAAUCCAGUAACUGGGGUGAGUACCAGAUUGAGCCUUGGUUGUGGAAACAGUCGACGUAAUGCUUAUGGUAGCCCUUCCUCCCCUCUAUUAAGUGCUCCACCGCCGAAGCUGCUUGAUAGGGAUGGGUUCUGCGACCAAGCCACCGGUCUUUGCGAUGCAAAAUAAUGAUAUCUUGUAAAUACACGUGUGAGAGAAGAAAUGACAGGUAUAAAUACCGGCACUAUACGAGUAAUGAGUAGCCAUGCACGAUCUUUCUGUGGAGAUACCAACCUGCACACAAGGAAAGACACUGUUAAUGUCUUUGGUUGGUUUGGCCGGAAUGACACGCCGAUGCCUACCUAAAUAGGAUAUAUGAAGUACGGAGCGAAGUAGAGCGUGUAUAUGUAAGAGGACGUACCUCUUUCUGCAAGCUAGACUUCGUCAAUCACAAGCUAUAUUGACGUGAACCUGGGAGACCAUGAAUUCGCAAGUGUGCCAAGACAUUCUGAUAGCCUUGCUCAUGAAUAUUCAUCGUAAACAUUACAUCCGGAUUUGCUCGGUUUUCUGUCGGGUGUAUGUCUUAAGAGUCAUCACGCGACAGAGCUCGAUCUAUUAGUUCGAUGACUUUGGUCAUUAUCUUCCCUGAUUGGACCCGAUCACUGGUCCGUGCAGUGUUGGGCUUCUCUUUUAUGUCCAUCAUACAAUCGCCCUGCUUCUCUAAACUGUAGUAGAAUAUGUGGUGGCGUUGAUGUGCAUAUAGUGGUAGAUUCCCUCGGACGAAAAAGUUGUUCCCAUCAAAGUUGUUAAUCCAGUACCAGCCAGUACAUACCGUACCAGCAUCAAAACCGAACACACUAAUGGGCGGUGUUUGGAAGGAUCAAAUGGACGACAAAUAGAGGUUUUUUUUAUCCGAGCUAAAUUUGAAAGUUGGCAGAGGAAAUGUACAAGGGCAUGGACAAUCUCAUUUACUCUAGUAAGAAUGUAAGAUGUUGAAUGAAAACAUGCAGUUUGUGUUCAAAGUUCAACACAAACGGCC